UUCUGUACGACCCUUUCACAACGAUCUCACAAACCACAUCCACUUCUCACGCUCCUCAUAUUUGUCCCUCUGCGUCCGUGUCAGACUCACUCUCUACAAAACCUCGAGUUUUACUCAUUCAGCAUCAUGGCUUCCAGCGAUGACGCCCUCGAAACGUACACGCAUCUUCCUCUUCACAUCGACCCUCAGACGAAACAGAUCACGGCGCUCUCUUCGGACAAGAGUCUACAAGAUGCCAUCGCAAACAUCAACAACCUCCACAACGCCAUGAAACUGCUCGAAACACCGAAUAAUAUACCUCCACCACCCGUGCCCGUCAACCCCAAGAGAUCUGCGAAUGUUCAAAAGCUCAGAGAGAAUGCGGCGAACGCUUCUCGCAAAGGGCAACAUGCUGAUGCUAUUCGCCUCCUUGGUGUCGCCAUAGACAUGGCUACAGCGAGGCCUGGUUGGGAGCCGAUGGGUCUUGCUCGAGAAGAACUUGCCUUGAUGUACCUCUCGAGGGCCGCUGCAAAUGCGGGUGCACAAAAUUUCCCAGAAGGUCUCAUAGACGCCGAGUGCAGUUUGGAGUGUAAGAGGGGUCCUGGCCAGGGUCCAAACGGUGAGAAGAUACCUGGAAAUGGCAGGGCCUAUAUUGUCGGAGGACGAUGCUUGAUGGAGAUGGGUCGAUGGGACGAUGCUGUCGAGUGGCUUGAACGCGCGAUCGAUAUUGAAGGAAAGGAUAACGAAGACGGCCGUGAGCUCACACGACAAUUGGCUGAUGCCAAAAGCCAUGUCAAACACACGGGAUGAAGAACAGUCUAUGUUGCAACUUUCACGACUUUCAUCGAUCUUCGGCAUCAUGGCUACUCAAAACCUACUUCCCAACAUUUACCAGCACAACAUCACGAGCGGCCCUGGAACAGGCGCCUACUCUGAAGGAUAAUGCUGGCUCCUCCCAGUGCUGUGCCAAUACCCGUGAACAGGAUUAGGC